AAUAAAAUUAUAGAAAAACCUAUUAAAAAAACUAUUCAAGAAUUUAAUCGCACAGCAGCCUUCUAUAAAUGGAGAAUGCAAAAUCGUACAGCAAACUCAAUUUCUAAAAGAAAAUCACACAACAUAAACUGGCACCUUAUACAAAAAACUAAUUACCUAUCUACAUUAUAUCAGAAUUUCAAUUCAUUUGAAGACACCAGACAACGCUUAUUCAAACUCAGGCUACAAAACAAUGAACUCCCAACAAUGGACAAACUCCAUCAACGUCGUUCACACUUGUAUGUUACAAAUAAAUGCCCAUUCUGCAAUCAAGAAAAAGAAACAAAUAAACAUGUAUUCACAUGUAUAGCAUUAGAUGAACAAUAUAAUAUUGACACUAUACUUAAAGAAACCCUGCAGCUAACAGCAAAACAAAUUAAACUAAAAGGGAAAAAGAAUACCAAACACAUGACACUUGACUUGAUAAAACAGACCAUAAGUCAAGAACCAGCUUUUCUAUUAGAGACAAAUACCAUAUCAAACGAAUCAGCUGAAAUAU